AUGUAAUAUUAAAGACCCAAAUUCUAAAAAAAUCCAUAAAAAAAUGAAGAAAUCAACAAUAAAAAUCAUUAGGAUUCACCUGAACUAAAUAAAAGGGAGCCAACAACAUCUUAAUCAGCUAAGGCUUAUAAUUCUUAGUACAAUCCAUAAUAUCAACCCCCCUGCCUUGUUAGUGGAUCCCUUAUGUAUGUUCCUAUGCCUCCACCUGCUAACUAGGCUACUAUAAAUCAAUAUUUUUAAUAAUUUUAUCCUAAUCCAGAACAAUAUUUGGAUAAGUAGUCUAUAUCAAACAAUCAAAAUAACUUAUCAGCCACAUAAAAACAAUCAGAAAUCUUAUAAAUAAUUUCUACUCCCUAAAAUGAUGUCUAAUAGAAAUAAUAAAAGCAAAAUGAAUAUGUAUAAUCAUAUAUUCCAGAUUAAGAAGAAUAAAACCUAUAAAAUAAAUCGAAACCAUCAAUAUUAGAGAAUUUUUAAAUCAUUUCAACUUGUAAAAUUAAAAAUAUGGAUCUUAGCUCAAAAACUCACAACAUGAUUAUUGUAGAUAAAAAAUUCAAAGAAUUUAUAAUUUAACCAUUUGAUGAAAAUUUGAAAAAUAAAUAAUUGGUACUUAUUUUAAUUACUCUAAGAUCAAUUCAAAUCUUAUUAUAGUUUAAGAUAAAAAUAUCACAGUUCCAGAAUUUGACUCAGUGCAGAGAUUAUGUUAAUUACAUAUGAAACCUAUAGAAAAAAUUUGUACUAAUUAUGAUUGUAAAUAAAAUAAUGAUAUUUUGCUUUGUUAAGAUUGUGCAAGAAACCAUAAAGGGCACAAUUUAUAUGAUAUUCCAGAAGUAUUAUUUCUUANUUUUUUCUUUAUUUUUAGUCUUAUCUAACAUUGA